GCUGGUUUGUUUGUUUGUUUGUUUGGUUUCAUGUUCAAUGUCCAAAUUGAAACUUUUUGUCCUUGGACGAAAUAAACACUUACUCACACACACACAUAGAUAGACAAACGUUUUGAAUUUUGUUUUUUCAUCAUUUUGACCCAUUCGCGUAUGCACUCUCACACUAAAAACACGUGGUUUUUUUUAUUUUGAAAAUUGAAAAAAUUUUCAUCAUGCCAUCAAGAUCUGAAUCUAAGAAGAAUCCAAAAAUUUUACUAGUCGGAUCAUUAUCCGAAUCAAGUAAAUUGGAUUUAUUUAUCAAUCAUGAAAAAUGUAUCAAACACCAGUAUUCAAAAAAUCAUCAAUUAGGUCAUCAACCAGCAAUGGGUAUUCAAUUGAAUACACUUCGAUUUCAACACAAGAAUCGAAUCAUAUCAUUGGAUAUAUGGAAUAUGAUCAUCCAAUUUCAACGUUACGAUCAAUUGGCAUCAAUCUAUUUUGAUAAUGUUCAAGCCAUUGUUGGUGUUUGUCAGAUGUCCAAUCCGGCAACAUUUCAACGUAUGAAAUAUUGGCUAAAUAAAUUUCGUGAACAAAAUUCUUCACUCAAUAAUAAUGUUUAUAUGUUGGCAUGUGAAAAUGAUCCAACGAUACGAUUCAUCAGUAUGGAAUCAUCGUCCACCGAACAUUCAUCAACAUCGUCACAUGUUUCACGUACACAAAUCAUUGAUUAUGGUCAUCAAAUUCAAGCCAAAAUUUACAUUAUACGCCAAUAUUCACGUGGUAGAGAUUUGAAUAAAUUUUUCAACGAUUUUCUCAAUCAUUUUUGGUCAUCAAAUCUGGAUCAACGAUUAUUCCAUAGAAUCACGAUUCCAUCAUUGUUGACCAAUUUUAUAUGUUGUAAAUGAUUAAUUUGUACCAAAAAACUAAUAAACUUACAUUCAUUUGUUCAUUUGAUGAUUUUCAUGUUGAUGAUUUCUGAAUUGACGCGCCAAAGGUGAUGGUAAUAUACGAAUUUUUUGUGUUGAAGAACGAAUUUGUUCCGUACAAUUGUGGGUAACAAUCAGAUACCAAACAAUAAUGAUUAAUAAAGAAAUGGCAAUAGUCAUCAACGAUGACCAAAUGGAAUGUUGUUGAUGAUGAUUGUUUUUAUUACCAA